AUGCAGCCGCGAGAUGGAGUUGUUAGUUGUUAUCCAAAUCACAACACAAGACUCAAAUCGUACCUACUUCCUAAAUUAAGUCCGGAUGUUUUUGCAACAGGUGCAGUGAGCAGCGGCGGCGGUGGUCGCGCGAGACGGUCGGGCCGGCACGCUCGGGUACCGUUCACGGCGGCGCAGGCGGCGGCGCUCGAGGCCGCGUAUGCGCGCGCGCCGUACCUAGCGCCCCCGGCCUUGCGUGCACUCGCCGCAGCCUUGCAGUUACGUGACGAUAGAAUAAAGAUUUGGUUCCAAAACCGUCGUGCAAGGGAGCGAAGAGAGAAAUGUGGCAACAUCGCACCUCCGAUGUCUGUGACCCUUCCACCUACCACCUCCGCUCACGUCUCCAUUAUAACUCCAUGUUCCUGGACAUCAACUGACGCAUCCAGCAUUCCCUUCAACAUAACUCUUGGAACAAACGACAGAGACAGAACACAGCAGUAUGAAAGAGACGCAAGUAAUUUUAGCGUGUCGUCCUGGAGCGCAUCGACAGACGAAGAAAAAACAGAUGAGCCAUUGGAUAUUGAAACAAUUGAAGACUGAAUAAAGUACAAAGUGUCUUGUCAUUAGAAUAAAAAAAUAAUUAUAAUGAUUUAUUGACAAAUUAACUGUGAUACCCAUGACAUGAUUAUGAACAAUUUGAAUAUAAUUUAUAAAGAUUUUA